AUGCGCGCGCUGCUGCGUUCCGGAGCCGCCGCCUCCGCUUCCGCCGUCGCCCUCGCCCGGGCCGCCGCGGGCCGCCUCCCGCGGGCCGGGGCCGCCUCGCCCGCGCCGCGCCGCGCCAUGGCCCGCUACCGCGCCGAGCCGCGCGGCGCGCCCGGGACGCCCGGCUUCCGCCUCUUCUUCCAGAAUUCAGCUGGCCACUACAUUUCCCCCUUCCAUGAUAUUCCUCUUAAGGCAGGUGACUUUGCAGAGGCAAGUGACCUUCCUACAAAGAGAGCUCGAAAUGAUGACUAUGAGAAUUUGUUUAAUAUGGUUGUUGAAGUGCCUCGGUGGACAAAUGCUAAAAUGGAGAUUGCCACAGGAGAGCCUCUGAACCCCAUCAAGCAGGACGCAAAGCACGGGAGGCUGCGCUACGUGGCAAACAUCUUCCCCCAUAAGGGUUAUAUAUGGAAUUAUGGAGCCCUCCCUCAGACAUGGGAAGAUCCUCAUCAAAAAGAUAAGGACACAGACUGCCAUGGAGACAAUGACCCCAUUGAUGUUUGUGAAAUCGGCUCAAAGGUUCUCUCUUGUGGUGAGGUCAUACGUGUCAAGAUCCUUGGAGUCUUGGCCCUCGUUGAUGAGGGAGAAACUGAUUGGAAGCUAAUUGCGAUCAAUGUGAAUGAUCCCGAAGCCUCCAAAUUUCAUGAUAUUGAUGAUGUUAAGAAGCACAAGCCUGGCUACUUGGAAGCCACACUGGAUUGGUUUCGAUAUUAUAAAGUGCCAGAUGGAAAGCCAGAAAACAAGUUUGCUUUCAACGGAGAAUUCAGAAACAAGGCUUUUGCUCUUGAGGUCAUUGAUUUGGCCCAUGAGUGUUGGAAAGCCCUGCUGAUGAGGAAGCAGGACCGAGGAGAUAUUGACUGCACCAAUGUGCAGGUAUGUGACAGCCCUUUCCUGUGCACUCAAGAGGAAGCAAGAUCUUUCGUGGAGUCGGUGCCUACCUCCUGGAGCAAGGAGACGGAUAAAGAAGUGAAAUGCUCGGAGUCCUAUUUGCAACGAUUCCUGCCUCGAUUCCUCGAUUCCAAGACUGCUUUUCUCCAAGGCCCAGAGUUCAGCACCCCAGCUUAUAGAAUUGGAGGAUUUCUGCCUCAGGGCAGGAGGAGGGAAAGUGCACCCUGCAUCCUUCCAAACAGCCCCUGCCUUGGAGAUGCUGCAGUGAGCAGCAGUGCUUCUUUCGAGGUGUUUGAGAGCCCCCUGCUCUUCCAGAAUACUCCUCGGAUGUUUUCCUCAGGAACUCUGCCCCUCUUCUCCAUAGUCUUCAGCACAUCCCCUAAAAUGCCCUGUCAGCAAAGUAACUUUGGGUUAGAAGAAUCUGGAUUUGACAGUCUCCCAUGA